GAUACACGUUUCGUGCGCGAGAGAGCGGGCGGACACGCGCUGCCUUGGGGGCCUGGCCGGCGGGAUGCCGGCGUCGGGAAGCGGCGGUUGUCCUCGGCGCCGCCUGGCGGAAAGCUCGAAAUUACAAAGCGCACUCCGCGUCCGCCGAGAGGCUUCGUGCGGUCCGCCUGCCUCGCCCCGAGGCUCCGGCCGCCAUCCGCGGGUUGACUUCUAGACAGGCGUCAGCGAGGACAACCGCAGAGGGAAGCGCCUUAUCGUGACGCAGACGCGAGGGAAGGGCCUUUCUCGUCGCGGGAACGUCAUCGCGAGGCGACGGAGAGCUUCGAAGAGGCGGAAGAGAGCGGAAGAAACAAGAGUCUCCAGAAGCGUAGGAGCUUUUCCUUUGGGGGCUCUCUAGGGGAGGGUGGGGGUCGCAGGCCCUUCAUUUGACGAGUUCUCUUUCUGGCCGGCGCACUUUUUUUGGCUAAGGGCCUCCAGUGGCGUGUGGCAGGCAGGAAUUUAUGAUGAGGGCAUCCUGCCGGGCAAAGGUUUCACCUGUUGGAUUUCUGCCUGCUCUGCAGCCAUUAAAGCAGGCUUGGGGAACCUCUUGCUCUCUGGGUGUUUCUGAAUUCCCAACUCUAACUAACCCCGGCCACCGUGGCCAGCAGGGAUGAGGGGGGUUGGCAGGGCCGGAUUUAGGUUUGAUGAGGCUCUAAGCUCCUGAAGGUGAUGGGGCCCUUUAUAUGUCCAGCUGGCUUUGUCAACAACAAAUCGUCGCUGUUUUUUGUGUUGAAUAUAAGCUAUAUGGUAAUUUAUGGACCUAAUAGGUAUCUAAAGCCAUUUUAUUUGUUUUAUAUCUUAUAUUUUGGAAAUGUACAUCCAGUUUUUUCCCCCUUUAAAUUUUUUGGGGGCCCCCAAGCUUGUUUAGCUUAUACGUAAAUCCGGCCCUGGGAGUUGGCGUCCAGCAGCAGCAUCCAGAGAGCCACAGGUUCCCCAUGGCUGCAUGAAACAAUAGAUUCGGGCACCGAUACAUUAAGCGGUGCCUCCUUCCAGGUUGACCUGCCCUGGUGCUAAAAGGCCAAUCUAUGGCCUUUUAAAUGUUUCUGGGGGCAUUGUUGUUGUUAUGCAUUUUGUUUUCUUAUAAAGUGCCCUGUGAUCUUCAGAUGAAGGGCAGUACGUAUAUAAAUUUAAUAACAAUCAAUAAUAACAAAUUAAUAAAGAAACAGAGUAUAUGUUCAGAUAACCCAAGGGAAAUGGGGGGGGUUCUUUUGGUUGUUAAUGCUAUGGGGGAGAACUUAGGGUAUUCAGACACCUGGUUCAAAAAUAUGUAAAAGGAACAUAUUAUCCAGAGUACUCUAAUUUAUAGUGGUACACAUUUUAUUACUCCCUUAUUUUUUCCAGAUUUCCCUCCCUCUGUGCUGACAAGAUGCCCAAGGUGAAGAGGAGUAGAAAACCACCUCCAGACGGCUGGGAAUUGAUUGAACCAACCUUAGAUGAACUAGAUCAAAAAAUGAGAGAAGGUGAGUAGCAGAGUACUAAUUUGGCUGCGAGCAUGAAUUGUGUAAUAGAACAGUGUAUGAGCUGGCCUUUUUGGCACAUUCAGUAUAGGAAGCCCAUGGUGGUUUGUACACAGAUCCCAAGUUCAGUCCAGGACAUCUCCAGUUAAAAUAGAGAUCUCAGAAACAUAGUGUUGAGAUAAGGUGCAUUUAUUUGGCACUCUGCAGUUAUUAAUGGUGUUUUGACUGUGCAGUAAGAACUGUGCAGUUUAAGCAAGAGAUAUUUACUGCUUUCCUUUUUUUUUCAUAUUCCCCUCUCUUUGUAUGGCUUUGAAAAGAGGACAGGUAGUUCGUUUGGUUGUGUUUUUUUUUACUUUAAAUUAUGGUAUACUUAACAGCUGAUAUUGGCUUAAUGGUGGAUAUCAGAAGCCUUUUCAGUGUCCUUCAGCCAAUAAUUAAGUAAACAGAAGAAAAAGGGGAUAAGGCUUUUGAUGGGAAAGACCAGAGUAUUGAAGGUCAGAAGUGGAAUUUACAAAGCCUCACAGGCCAGCAGUUUCGAGGUGUCAAAUAUAAACCUGCCAAGGCUGGAAGUUUUUAUGCUAAUUAUUAGUUAGCACCUAGUCUUCUCAGUUGUACAUAUAAUUUGGCAAAGAAAUUGUGCUUACCAGAAAUGCUUGUAAAACCCUGGGAAUUGUACCUACCUCUGGGAGUUCCCUUUUAAAAGGAAAAAAAAAAGACCAGUUGAAAGGAACAGAUUUUUCCCCCCCUACACUUACGACUGAAAAUAAAAACCAAAAGACAGAAACAGAGACUUUACAUUCCUUGAAUUCUGUUCUAGAUUGGACUGUGGACUUAAAAGGUAGCACUCACGUUCACAGAGAUGAUUCAUCUUUGUUAAUCUUGCAUCAAUUAAAAUGGUAUCGGGAAUGGGAACAGUUUUGGCUAAGAACUUAGAAAAUUACUGCAUGGGUAGUGAUCCAAGUACAAAUCACCUUUAGAUACUGCAGGUUAAAUGUGAUGACUGAAAACAUUUGUUGGUUCAGCUUGCAAAACUACAUGAGAAUAGAGAACUAUAGCAUAUAUUCUCCAAUGAAUUCUCACAUCCUAUUUAUCAGAAUAUUAUAGGAUUUCUUCCUUGUUUUUAGCAACAUGAAAUAAUGGAGACGUAAUGAACAUUUGAAUUAGCUGGCAAAAUUAACAUGUUUUCUGCCCUUUUCCCCACUUUUCUUCAGCUGAGACUGAACCGCAUGAAGGGAAGAGGAAAGUAGAAUCUCUCUGGCCUAUCUUCAGAAUUCACCACCAGAAAACACGUUACAUUUUUGAUCUCUUCUAUAAGAGAAAAGCCAUCAGUAGAGGUAACACAGCUGUCUUUGAUCUUUUAGGGGAAAAUGUAUGUUUUGUUCAGUAUGGCUGGGAAAUCUGCUUGAGCCGGUCUGUCAAAUGGAAAAAGAAAUACUAACCUUUUUAGAAUGUAAGGUAAAGGUAAAGGGACCCCUGACCAUUAGGUCCACUCGUGACCGACUCUGGGGUUGCGCGCUCAUUUUGCUCUAUAGGUCGAGGGAGCCGGCGUUUGUCCGCAGACAGCUUCCGGGUCAUGUGGCCAGCAUGACUAAGCCGCUUCUGGCGAACCAGAGCAGCACACAGAAACGCCGUUUACCUUCCCGCCAGAGCGGUACCUAUUUAUCUACUUGCAAUUUGACGUGCUUUCGAACUGCUAGGUUGGCAGGAGCAGGGACCGAGCAACGGGAGCUCACCCCAUUGUGGGGAUUUGAACCACCGACCUUCUGAUCGGCAUGUCCUAGGCUCUGUGAUUUAACCCACAGCGCCACCCGCGUCCCUUUUAGAAUGUAGGUGUGAGCAAAUUCUGCCAAAGGGGUACAGUCAUUUUUGUUUGCCGCUACUGAGCAUUCUAAUUAUCCCAUCCUCUCUCCUGCACAGAGCUGUAUGAGUAUUGCAUUAAAGAAGGAUACGCAGACAAAAACUUAAUUGCAAAGUGGAAGAAACAAGGUUACGAAAACCUCUGCUGUUUGCGCUGCAUCCAGACCCGAGAUACCAACUUUGGAACCAACUGCAUCUGCAGAGUGCCCAAAAGCAAGCUGGAAGUGGUAAGAAUGUUGUUUUCAAUAAUCCCCCUGGGUCAUUACAACAAUUCUUUCUGUGUCCCAUUUCUUUUGCCUUUUUGUGCAUCCCCACCCCCAAACCUGGUUCAUGCAAAUAAGUAGCAGUGUGACCCCUGGAAAUCCAAACCACGUGAAAGGCAAGUGUUUGUUACUCCUCUUGCUAGAGACCUUGUCUGUCUCUGAACUUUCUCCUUGGGGACAGUUUGCCAUUCAACUUAGUAGGACUGGAUGAACAACCUCAUCCUGUUAAGUUGUGAGCCGCUCGGAGAUCUAUGGGUAUACAGAUUGAUUGAAUUAUUAUUAAUUUUUUACACUGAUCAUUUCUGUGAACCGUUCUGAGACCUCUGAGUAUAGGGCGGUAUAUAAAUUCAACUAAUAAUAAUAAUUAACCACCACCAUCUCUUGCAGUUCCACCAAAAACGUUGCUUCAAAACUGACCACCCAUCGUAUCAGUGUGUGUCUCGUACUCUAAAACUUCUGUAAAUCAAAGAAAGGCUGUAAAAAGAUUUGCAGUCUCAUUUCCUGGCUUUUCUAGCACUCUGACAUCUUAAGGGUCUUUUAAAAACAAGCAAGUUAUAAGACUGUACUUGCAGUUUUGAGAGACUCCUAUCUUUUUAAAAAAUUGGUUCUUGUAAUAAAUGCUCCACCCUGCAACAGUAGUAUGAAAGGCAGUAGGAAACAGUGUAUCUAUUCUCAUUUGUUGCAAUCCUGUAAGUUUUCCUAACCAGCAAAAUUUCCUUUUUUUCUUGCUCUACUGUGUGCUCAGGGGUCUGCUGUGACUAACAUGCUGAUUUCAUUCUACAGGGAAGAAUAAUUGAGUGCACUCACUGCGGGUGCAGAGGCUGCUCUGGAUGAAAUCCCCUUUCCCCUUUUUAAAAGUUACCCUUCCCUUUUGAGGAGUUCUUAAAUGGCUGGUUCAUCGUCAAUGACUGUUAAUAAGAACCAUAAUUUGUUUGUCGUAAGACCCGGCGGUGAGUGGAUCUCCAACAACCUGAAUUGUAAAUGCAGUAGUAUUAAUGUCUUGUAUAACUACUUUAUUUUAAAAUAAAGUCUUGCCUAUUGCCUCAAGGUGGUUUGUUUAAUUCUGUGCUGCUACUGUUACCUUUAUGAAUCUGCUUUCAU